AAUUUAUUUAAUGUAACUUAUUAAAAACAGAUUUUAUGAAGUUGAUGCAUUUUAAUGGGUUUUCAUUAACCUGGAUUUCUCAUUGACUUCAUUUUAUUUAUUGAGUUAAUUGAAUGUUGUUCAGGUUCAGUUUAUGGUUUAAUUACAUGUAAUUUAACGAUAAUUCAUUUAAUUAACAGAACCAGCAGCUCCUACGUUUCCCAUGAUGCAGCUGUGCAGCUUCCGUCACUCUUCUGUCUCUGCAGGUGUGUCGGCUGACUCGGAUGCUCGACUCCUCCUCCUCGUCCUCGUCUUCCUCGGCCGCCGCUCAGCUCGCCGUCCGCCUCGCCGCCCUGAGGAGCUCCAUCGCCACCAGGCUGCCCCCCAGGGUCCUACUGCCCACCGUCAGCCGCUGCUACGGCACCAUGGUGCAGGACAGGAAGGAGCAGCUGGUGGCGCUGAUGAGCAUCCUGAAGGAGCACAUUGGUCACAUGGACAGAGAGCAGCUCAGCUUCCACCAAUCAGAGCUCACCUCCUUCUUCCUCACCGCUCUGAAUUUCCGCUGCGAGCAUCACCAGGUCGGUACUCGAGUAAAAGUACUCUGUUACUGUGAGCUUCCUGUCAGCUGACCGUUUGUGUCGUCUCCAGCUGGACCUGCAGAAAACGUCGCAGAUCGAAGGCUGCGUCAUCGACUGU